CGGGCGCGCCGUCACCACGCGUCGCCGCUGCCGCCAUGGUCGCUCUCGGGGCCCGCGCCGCUCUUCUGUGCGCGCUGGCCGCCGCCGCCGCCGCCUCCGCCGUGGACUACUUUCCACCUUCCUACAAUAGAACUUAUGGUCUAUAUGGAAGAACGGAUUCAGGUAGUAGACCACCCAGCAAUUAUGAAAUUGUUCCUAGCAACCCGAGGGGUAACUGUACGCCAUCUACGAACUGCAUACCGAAAUGUUUCGCUGAGAAAGGAUCAAGGGGUCCUCCAGGCCUUCCUGGUAUUCCAGGACUGCAAGGUCAGCAGGGACAUCCUGGAAUGGAAGGUCCUCCUGGGCCUAAAGGAGACAAAGGGGAACCUGGACCACAAGGACCUCGUGGGUUGAAAGGUGAUAGGGGGAAAAUGGGGAUGCCAGGAUUUCCUGGAACCAAUGGUGUUCCUGGACAACAGGGCUUCCCAGGUCCUCCAGGUCUUCCAGGUGUUGAUGGUUGCAAUGGGACAGAUGGGGCCCAAGGACCACCUGGUUACCCUGGACAAUCUGGUCCGCGUGGUAUCCCCGGUCUUCCAGGUUCUAAGGGUGAGAAGGGAGAGCCAGCGUAUGCCGGCCUGUUCCCUAAAGGCCAGAAAGGUGAACCAGGCCUUGAUGGAGUUAGAGGUGUACAAGGUCUCCCUGGGAGUCCUGGACCAUCUGGUUUUCCUGGAAUUAAGGGAGAGGUGGGCCCUAUGGGUCCUAGGGGCCCACCUGGUGCCAAAGGUGAGAAGGGAAACAUUGGACUUGGCUUUGAAGGUCAAAAAGGUGAUAAAGGUCAAAAAGGUGAACGUGGUCCAACUGGAAGACCAGCAGUACUUCCCUUUGAUGAAGAAGGCCCAUCAGGAGUAGUGGUUGGACCAAAAGGAGAACCAGGAGAGAUGGGAGAAAGGGGGGAACCAGGUCUUCAAGGAAUGAAAGGUGAGCAAGGCAUGACAGGAGAUCAAGGAUUUGCUGGUGCAGCAGGUAUGAAGGGAGAAAAAGGUUUACCAGGCCCAACAGGGCCACGUGGAAGAGAUGGAUAUCCAGGACCACCUGGACCCCAAGGUCAGAAGGGAGACAGGGGAUUUGACGGACUGAAUGGUUUGGAUGGACGACCUGGCCAGAAAGGUGAACCUGGACGGGAUGGAACACCUGGUCCUCAGGGUCUGAGAGGACCACAGGGUCCACCAGGAGGAGGGCGUGGACGACCGGGUCCUCCUGGUCCACCAGGUCCCCGUGGCUUCCCUGGUCCAACAGGCCCAAAGGGUGAGGAUGGCUUCCCAGGACGUCCCGGUGAGAGAGGUCCACAAGGCCCAACGGGUGGCCCAGGUGUUCCUGGCAGCCCAGGUCCUGAGGGAUUCCCCGGAGAGAAAGGGGCAAAAGGAGAACAGGGUCUUACAGGGUUUCCUGGGAAUGAUGGACCACGUGGAUUUACUGGUCCUCCAGGUCCCCCAGGACCUCGUGGUUUCCCUGGAGAGAAAGGGCUGUCUAUAGUUGGCCCAAAAGGUAUGGAUGGUGCACCUGGAAGGGAUGGCGAGAAAGGACAAAAAGGAGAAAGGGGUAUUUCUGGUCCAAGAGGCUUCCCUGGAGACUCAAGGGAUGGUAUUCCAGGUCCUCCAGGUGUUGCUGGUCCUCCUGGAGAAAAAGGAAGAGAUGGAAGGCCUGGUACCCCAGGACGUCCAGGUUUACCUGGGCAAAAAGGAGAGAUAGGUGGUCGGUGUGAAUACUGUACACCUGGAGCACGAGGUGAGAAGGGAGACCGUGGAAAUGAUGGUAUUCCUGGGCAGCCAGGACCAAGAGGGCCACCUGGAGAGAGAGGUGCGCCUGGAGAGGCUGGAGAUGAUGGAAUACCUGGAACUGCUGGGCCACCAGGACCAGCUGGUUUGGCAGGAAAACCAGGACAACCAGGAAUCCAAGGGCAGAAAGGUGAUUCAGUUAUUUUAUCAUCGAGUUUAGUCAGAGGUCCUCCAGGAUUGCCUGGUGACCGAGGAGAUCAAGGCAGAGAAGGUCCCAAAGGCAAUUUAGGUCCACCUGGAAGACAGGGACGAACAGGAAUACCUGGCUUGCCUGGCGCGAAAGGAGACAAAGGCGAACAAGGUUUUCCAGGUAAUGAUGGCAUCCCAGGAGCAGCUGGGUUGCCAGGAGUAAAAGGAGAAGCUGGUCUAAGUGUCAAGGGUGAACCUGGCAUUCCUGGUAGACCAGGAGCAAAGGGUGACAAAGGUCAACCUGGUCUAAUUGGACGCAAAGGAGAAGCAGGUACCUGUCCACCCAUAGACAUUACAGAUGGAUUCAAAGGAGACCGUGGAGCCCCUGGAGACAAAGGUGAGCCCGGUCCACCAGGACGAGAUGGACGACCUGGAGAGAAGGGAACCCAAGGUUUUCAGGGUGAGUCUGGGCCCCCUGGGCCCACAGGACCUCCUGGACCAGUGGGACCAAGAGGUCUUCCUGGUCCAAGAGGAGAGAAGGGUGAGACUGGCCCAAUGGGUUUCCCUGGAGAGCCUGGGCGAGAUGGUCAGAGGGGGUUGCCAGGACCUGCGGCACCUAAAGGAGCCAAAGGAGAACCAGGAAUUCCACAAAUUGGGCCACCUGGACCACCUGGACCCAGAGGGCUGAAGGGUGAGAAGGGUCUUCAAGGACCACCAGGGAAGACUGGGACUCCUGGACUCCAAGGGCUGCAAGGUUUUCCUGGAGAAAAGGGAGAUCAAGGUAUUCCUGGCCUGAAUGGUCUUCCAGGACAGCCAGGUCAGAAGGGAGAGCCAGGUCCAAUAGGGCCCCCAGGUCCUCCAGGAAUACCUGGUCGUCCUGGAAUGGAUGGCCCAAAAGGACAACCCGGUUUGGUAGGAGAACCUGGAAGAAUGGGAAUUACUGGGUUCCCUGGCAUGAAAGGAGACAGAGGUGCACCCGGAAUAGAUGGCCCGAAAGGAUUCCCAGGGCGUAGCGGACCACCAGGUGCUCCUGGAAGUCCAGGAAUGGAUGGAAUUCCUGGCCCCAAAGGAGAUAAAGGUGACUAUGGUCCUCCUGGAUUCCCAGGGCUUCCUGGUGAUGUGGGACCACCAGGUCCACCGGGUAUUGUGGGUCAAAAAGGUAAUCAAGGACUGCCAGGGCCAGCAGGACUACCCGGUCCAGCUGGACCCACCGGACCAAAGGGUGAUGUUGGUCCUGCAGGCAUACCGGGUAGGAAAGGUGAACCAGGCCAGACAUCAGAAAAAGGACAGAAAGGAGAACCAGGUAUUCCAGGUCUACGUGGAGAGCCUGGACUUCGUGGCCUGGAUGGUAUUCCAGGAGCAAAGGGAGAACCUGGUUUGCCUGGAAUUGGUCGUCCUGGAGCACCAGGAGAAAAAGGUGAACGAGGACCCGCUGGAGUUGCAGGACUGCCUGGCACAGAUGGUGAAAAGGGAGCUACUGGUCCUCCAGGAUUCCCUGGAAUGAAAGGAGACACAGGUCCAUCGGGUAUCUUUGGAACACCAGGUUUGCCAGGAAUUGAUGGAAUGCCAGGAGCUAAGGGUGAAAGAGGUUACCCUGGUCCUGUAGGCAGGCCAGGUCCUAAAGGUGACAUGGGUUUCAAAGGGCAAGACGGAAUGGACGGUCCAAAGGGAGAGCCCGGCCUAAGAGGUCUGCCAGGAAUCCAAGGACUAUCAGGAGUACAAGGAGAUAAGGGAGACCGUGGUCCUCCAGGACCAGUGGUAGAUGUAAAAGGAGACAAGGGAGAGCCAGGGCUACCUGGUAUUCCUGGCCCAACAGGCCCUAAGGGUGAAAGAGGAUAUGAUGGCCUACCUGGAACUUCAGGUGAAAAGGGAAAUCAAGGAAUACCUGGUCCAAGAGGUCCUCAAGGUGCAAUGGGAGUACCUGGUCCGAAAGGGGAAACAGGCCCUCAAGGCAUUGCUGGUCCUCCUGGGAUCACUGUGAAAGGAGAAAAGGGACUUCCUGGUUUACCAGGCAAAAAUGGGAGAGAUGGAACACCAGGACUUCAAGGACAGAAGGGUGAAAUGGGUCUACCUGGUUUACCUGGCAUACAGGGAAAUCCUGGCAUUCCUGGGUUACCAGGACCACAAGGAGAAAAAGGAGAACAAGGACUUGCAGGUCCACCUGGACCGCCUGGUGUUGAUGGACCGCCAGGAAGGCCAUGCCAGGAUGGUGCACCAGGUGUUCCAGGAAUUAAGGGUGAUACUGGACCACCAGGACUAUUUGGACCACCAGGUCCAAAGGGAGACAAAGGAUACCAAGGAGUUGCUGGCAUACCUGGGCAACCUGGUGAAAAGGGUGAUCGAGGUUUUGAUGGCCUUCCUGGUACCCCUGGUCCAGUAGGACCCCCAGGAGAGAAGGGUUAUCCUGGAGCUGCAGGAGCUCCUGGUACCCCUGGGUUUGAUGGGCAGAAAGGAGACAAGGGCCUUCCUGGACCUGCACCACCAUUUGGACCAAAGGGAGAGAGAGGUCCUCCUGGUCUACCUGGAAGGCCGGGCGACCGUGGACCACCAGGAUUGGCUGGUGCUCCUGGAACUCCAGGACUAAAGGGUGAGCCAGGACCACCAGGUAUCAAUGGUCUUCCUGGGUUAAGAGGGCCACCAGGUCUGAAGGGAGAAAUGGGUCUUGAUGGAACAGCUGGCAUACAAGGAGAACGUGGAGAUCCCGGACCAAAAGGUGAUGCUGGAUUGCCUUGUGAACAACAGCCUGAUUACCUGACUGGUAUUCUGUUGGUGAGGCAUAGUCAGACAACCCAGAUUCCACAAUGUGAGCCUGGACAUGUCAAGCUGUGGGAUGGUUACAGUCUUCUGUAUAUUGAAGGAAAUGAAAAAGCACAUCACCAAGAUCUUGGUUUUGCUGGAUCCUGUGUGAAGAAAUUCAGCACAAUGCCAUUUUUGUUCUGUGAUUUUAAUGAUGUGUGUAACUAUGCCAGUCGCAAUGAUAAGUCUUACUGGCUAUCUACAAAUGAGGCCAUACCAAUGAUGCCUGUAGAAGAGAGUGCUAUUCGGCAGUUCAUUUCAAGGUGUGUUGUCUGUGAAGCUCCAGCAAAUAUAAUAGCUGUCCACAGUCAAUCUGACACAGUACCAGAAUGUCCAUUUGGUUGGUCUGGACUCUGGAUAGGAUACAGUUUUGUCAUGCACACUGCAGCUGGGGCUGAAGGCGGUGGACAAUCGUUAGCAAGUCCAGGUUCAUGCUUGGAAGAUUUCCGUGCAACACCCUUCAUUGAAUGUAAUGGAGCUAGGGGCACCUGCCACUACUUUGCCAACAAAUUCAGCUUCUGGUUGGCGACAAUUGAAGAUGCCAACCAGUUCCGCGUGCCCCAGAGCCAGACUCUCAAGGCAGGCACCUUGAGGACAAGAGUGAGUCGGUGCCAGGUCUGCAUCAAGAAUACGUAGAGCAGCAUGUGUAAACAGUUUGCACUCAUUGUGUUGUUCUCACUUCUCUGUUUCCAUGGCUCCUUCAAGGGGUUUCAUGGGAUAUCAUGUGUUCAUCUACAGAAAAGAAUUCUGCUGAAAGUUGUGAUGUGUUCCUUAAUGUAGUGAUGUGUUAUACUUCCAUACUUGGAAUAUGUCCACCACAUAGGCUGUUAAGAGGUGUAACAAACUGUAUGAAAUACAUAGUGAAGCAUUCAAAGAAAGAACUUUUCUGUGCUUCUUGUAAGAUGUCUCUCACUGCAUCGUGUUUAUAUGUGUUGGUGGAAAAAAAUUAUUGGUGCUAUAUCACUUUACUGUAGUAUAUAUGUCCUUUUCUCCCAUCUCACUCCCAUCUCCUUCCUCAAGAAAAGAGGACUGGCACUUCAGACUCAAUGUAAUUUAACUCAUAAUGAAAUGUGUUAUUAAGUUAUAUAUUUAUGUUAGUUGAAGUUUCUUGUGUUGUAAAUUAAAACCUUUUUCCUAAACAGAAUUAAAUUUGCGAAAGCUGAAUGUUAUACUAAACUGCCAUAGUAUCAUAUAUUAUACAAAUUUGCUGAGGUAAAGAUGCAUCAGGUUCUGCCUUGAUACUGUGUCAAUAAAAGAUGCUCUAGUCAACUCAUCUGUUAUUGUCAAUGAAAGUUGAACAAAUGAUGCAUUUAUUGUUUGUUAAGAUGUUGAUGGUGUAAUUUAAAUAAUUCUACAAAUGAUCUGCCUUCUUUUAUUUCUUUUUUUCAAUGGAAUAUCUUACUGACAAUAAUUAUUUUUUUCAUUUUCAGAAAUUCUGUGACAAUGUUCUGUAUUUCAUGUGCAAGUGUCAGUGGAAAAGUCAUACAAAAGUUUUUGUUCAUUUGCAUUUCAGUUUUUCUUAACCCAUAUAUAAACAUUUGUUUUAAGUUUACAUACUUCUCUUGAUGGAUCAUCACUGUAACCAACCACUGAUAAGUGUUUAAAUGUAUUAUACUGACAAUCAGUGUAUAUUUGUAACUUUAUUUUUACAGCUCUUUUGCAUUAAAAUUAUAAAUGCUUUCACAACCAUGUGUAAGUAAUGUGGUGUAAUAUUACUAGUAUUAGAAGCGGAUGAUGUAAGAUGUAAUAACUGCCAAGAAUGUUUUAUUGAGAAAUAAUUUUAAACAUUUACACUCCUUUUUUUAUUUCCAAAGAGUGAAAUUGGGUGUUAUGUGAUGUGAAGAUCAGUAAGUUUCUGUAUGUGUGUAAAUGAUAGUAUAAUGUUUAAGACUCCUUACUUUGUAAUGUAUAUUGUCUGAAAACACUGCCAAUUUGUAACAUAAAUUAAAAACAAUGUUUUAAAAUA